UGGAGGGCGUGGCCGGCCUGUGAAAUGUCAGGGAGGAAUGGCGCUCGGCGCGGUAUUUUGAACAAUCGUCUUUUCCUUUCCUCCCUUUUAUCUGGAAACGCUGCUUAGCUUAAAAUUUUGGGGAUUAACGGAAAGCUGAGAGUUUGCAAGCAUGGAUGUAGUGUCACCAGAGCUCAACAGCCUCCUCCCAGAUGAGAUCAUGGAUACUGAGGAUAUAGAGGAUGUUCCUCACUCUCAACCUGGCACCACUGCAGUCCACUCAGAGCCCAGUGAUGAUGCAUCGGUCCCAAUGGAAACUGAUACACCCGUGGCUUCAGAGAACGUGAGCCUCUGUUCAGAUGCCGCGUUAACCGAACCCACUAAGGCUAUGACCACCUCCACGGCCACAGACUCCAUGCUUAGUGCCAGCCCCAGAAGUCCACCUCCUGUCUCAAAUUCCAGCACAUCGUCUCCUCUUCUUACCAUCAAACCAGCCUUGGCUACUUCGACAGCCACAACCAAAACCACAGACAGUGUUACUGGAACUAGUGUGACUACAAGUGGAUUACAGAAGCUCACAACUCCAUUUACAAUCUCUCCUGCAAAUCGCCAGAUUAUUCUCAAUAAGGUGGUUUCUCAAGCCUCAGAAGCAGCAAAGUCUGCAGGUAAUCCACCCCAGGUCAUCAAGCAGGAUGGACAGAAACUUUUGGUUACAGCUAUAGGAAAAUCGGGGCAGCCUAUAGUGCUUCAGUUACCCCACACAGGCAGCAAGCCUGGCAUUUCACAGACUGCCGGAGACACCAAGUCUCAAGCUCCGCAGUUUAAAGUGGUGACUAUAGGUGGGAGGUCAGACCUGAAGCCAGUGGUGGGCAACCAGGUGACCACAUUACAGACCCAGCAGCUGAAGACUGUCCAGAUUGCCAAGAAGACACCAGCAUCCUCAGCUGCACCGAUCAAGUUUAUCAUCACAAAAACUGUUAACAGCAAAGGUAUAAGUGCCCAGACAUCAAUGCCUCCUGUGAUCACAGGACGGGUUCUGACCCAGAGUUCACCAGUGAUGCCCCCGAGGACCAUUACUCUCUCUGAGCCCCACAACACUAAUUUACAAAGUAUCCCUGGCAAAAAGAUUGCCAUUUCCCCUCUCAAGACUCCCAGCAAGGUGACUGUGGUGUCUGUGGCCUCCCCGACCUCCGGUGCUUCUCAGAAGUCUGUAGCACUGCCUGUGAAUGUAGCACUUGGCCAGCAGAUCCUGACAGUCCAGCAGUCAACAUCUGUAUCUCCAGUCAAGGUGGCCACUAGCCAAUCAACAACGCAGAACAUUAAACCUGUGGCUGUUGGAGGAGUGGGAGGUUCCCAGUUUAAAACAAUCAUACCCCUGGCCACCCAGCCCAACGUGCAGCAGAUCCAGGUGCCUGGCAGCAGGUUCCACUACGUUCGCCUCGUCACAGCAACGACAGCGAGCAGCACAGGACAGCCCAGUGGUCCCAGUACCAGCUCUAUACAGACAGCUAAACCUAUGGUGGUCAGUACAGCAGCAGUCAGGAUGUCUGUCCCAGUUGUCCCAGCACAGACCAUGAAACAGGUGGCACCUAAGCCCUUAACAUCAGGACCACAAGUAGUAACCACCACUCAGACUCAGCAACGUUUGAUCAUGCCUGCGACUCCACUACCCCAAAUCCAGCCCAACUUCACCAACCUCCCUCCAGGCACCGUCCUGACACCAGCUCCAGGAGGAGGGAAUGUGGGUUACGCGGUUGUGCCAGCACAAUAUGUCACACAGAUCCAGCAGCCACCAUUUGUGACGCUUGCCAGCAGCUCUAGUUUUUCUGCAUCCACUGGUAUCCAGACUCAGGCCAGAUUGCCUCUUAAUGGUUUGUCAGCAGCAGAAACAACCUCAAGACCAAGAAAACCAUGUAACUGUACCAAGUCACAGUGCCUCAAACUCUACUGUGACUGUUUUGCAAAUGGAGAGUUCUGCAAUAACUGUAACUGCAAUAACUGCUUCAAUAACCUGGAACAUGAAACUGAACGUCUCAAAGCUAUAAAGACUUGUCUUGACCGAAAUCCAGAGGCCUUUAAACCUAAAAUUGGUAAAGGCAAGGAGGGAGAGUCGGACCGUCGACACAGCAAGGGCUGCAACUGCAAACGCUCAGGCUGCCUGAAGAACUACUGCGAGUGCUACGAGGCGAAGAUCAUGUGUUCGUCCAUUUGUAAAUGCAUCGGCUGCAAAAACUUUGAGGAGAGCCCGGAGAGGAAGACGCUAAUGCAUUUGGCAGAUGCAGCAGAAGUGAGAGUUCAGCAGCAAACGGCAGCCAAGACCAAACUAUCCUCACAGAUCUCAGAUUUGCUCAUGCGGACGACGCCUGUGAUUUCAAGUGGAAGUGGCAGGCUCCCAUAUACGUUUGUAACAAAGGAAGUGCUUGAAGCAACAUGCGAGUGUCUGCUGGAGCAGGCCAAAAAAGCAGAACAGACUCACCAGCCUCAAGUUGAGGCAGAGAGGAUGAUUCUGGAGGAGUUUGGACACUGCCUCAUGAGGAUAAUCAGCUCGGCAGGGAAAGCCAAAUCAGACUGUGCCUCCAUCAACUGCUAGGCUGAGGCCUGUAAAGGCUCUCCACCCUCUAACCCUCCUACCAGCUGUGGAGGCUAAGAGCAUGGAUUACUUUUUGCACUCUGUCCUAGACCCCAGGGUUUCUGGCCUGCAGGGAAACAGGUUGUCUCCUUCAUCAAAAGGCAGAACAAUGAACUGAAGGCAGGCAGAUCCCACCCCCACCCCCCUGCCUUAGCCAAGCUGAGGCCAGCUGGAAUAAUAAAAAACAUGGAGCAGUUGUUUGCACUGUUCACCUAUGCUAACAGAAGGAGAAAUGGACUGGCUUUGAAGACGUUACCAUACUUGCCCACCUGAGUGUGAUGCACACAAAUGACUGAACAGGAAUACAAAUGUUCUUUCACUUGAUUUUCUUUUUUUAAAAUUUUUUUUCCCCAAAUUUCCCUUCCAAACCUCUAUUAAAUGUUUCCUUCACAUUUGCUCUUCCAUUUCACUCUGUUUUUUUUAGGUUUGUUUUGAGGUUUAAAAAAAAUGCCUGUAAUUUUAUGUAAUCCGUAUAUUUGUGCUUUCAGUAGACAAAAAAAGAAUAUGUAUCUUUUGAUAUUUAUUUUCACAGGUAUUUGUAAUCAUUGUCAGCGCUAAUAUUGUGUGGCUUCAAAUGCUACAACAUGUUAAUUAUUAACCAAGGCUAGGCUAAAUUGUUUUAAUGAGAAAUAAGUAGAUGCAAUCUUUGGUUUUAUCCUAAAUCCAAAUGUAAGAUGAGUGCACACACACACACACACACACAGUACAGAAUAGUUGUAACUUGGUUACACUGACAGAGGUUCACAUUUUUCCUGGUGCUGUUUUGUUUUCUUAGUUACAUGCUUACUGUACAUUAAAGACCAAUUACACCCA